AUGAAGAUUGAGUCGGUUCAACCCAAAGCUUACCUAGAUAUAAGUAUUGAUUCUAGACCGAUUGGGCGUAUUGUUUUGGAGCUAUACGACCAACAGGCGCCGCUUUCAACGAGCCAAUUCCUAACAUUAUGUCGUGGUGAGGGAAUCGACGUGGCUUCACAUUCGUACCAGGGAGCCCAUUUCAACAAGGUGAUCAAAAACUUUAUGAUACAAGUACAAGAGACAAGUGAGAAGACACUGUGUGACCAGAACGGAGAUGCAAAGGCCCUUCAAGAGGAGAAUUUGUGUGAAAGCUGUCCUACAUUUAGUCUCUGCUGGGUCAAUAGUGAGCUGAACCACUUGAGCAAUCAAUUUUUCAUUACUACAUUUCCUCAACCACAUUUGGCAAAGAAACACACUGUGUUCGGUCAUGUAAUACAUGGGAAAUCAGUGGUUAGAGAGAUUGAGAGAGUAAACACGAACUCAGUAUAUGAACCGACAAUUGCAGUUGUUAUUGAUGCAUGUGGUGGAUGGGACGAUUCCAUGGAUGUCCCCAUCUUUAAUGCCAGCUAUGACCAAGCGGGUGGAGACGUUUAUGAGGAGUAUCCAGAUGAUGACCAGACAAUUGAAGAAGACUCUACGGAAUCCGCCUAUAUCGCAGUAGAACGGAUCAAGGAAAGUGGGACAAUAUUGUUCAAAGGGGGAGAUAAGAACCAAGCUUAUUUGAAGUGGCGGAAGUGUUUGCGUUAUAUUGUUGAAUUUGAUCCAGACCAGGACCAGAAUCCUGAAUACUUCACAAAGUUCAAAGAUGCAAAGAAGAAGAUUUACUUAAACUUGAGUUUGGUUACUUUGCAGUUGAGGCAAUUUGCGGAUACUAUCAAGUAUUGCACUUUUCUUUUAGACAUGGAUGAGGAAGUUCUGGAACAAGAAAGGGCGAAAGCGUGUUUUAGAAGAGGUCUGGCUUACUUUGAGAUGAACAAGUUGGAAUCAUCACUUGCUGACUUGAAAUCGGCUCAUAAUAUUCUACCCCAUGAUGAGCUUAUACUGAAGAAGAUGCAAGGUGUGGAAACAGCAUUGGAAGCAAAGAAACAAAAGGAAAAGUCAAAGUAUGCAAAAUUUUUUGGAUAA